AUGGUGGCGAACCAAGUUGGCGAUCAGAAGACGGACGCGACGAGGUGGAGGCUUCGAGACAUCGGUGGAGAGCAGACAUGGCAUUACCUGGACGAGGAACAGGCAAAGGAAUGGCCUCAGACGACAGCAGACAAGUACUUUCUCGGUCUGCCCACUGUGCGCACUCUUGUCAAGUAUAUCUACCUCCUGAAUGAGCACUGA